UUGCAUCACCGGCGUUGAAGUGUCGCUAAUUAGAAGGUGGCCUGGGCAAGCUCCUGCCGCCUAAAAACGGUGCCAAGUAGUGCGCUGCCAAGUGCUGCUACCUUACGACAGCGCUGUUCCGAAGUUGGAACUGGACCCAUUAUCUCAGCCUCCCCCAUUACCUACGCACUAUCGUCACCCUGCGCCUCGUCUGCGCGCAUCCCUCUCUCGAACGACAGCACCCGGCGCCUCCGCGACAACACCCCGAUUCCGCCCAUCGUCACCAUCAUCGCCGAUUGCCAUCGUCGCAUGUCGACUUCUCAAUAGGAGCCUGGCUCUUCCCAACCUGUCCCAAGCUACCCCGCUACAAUAGCCCAUAGCUUGACAAGAUGGCCACGCCAGCUCCUCCGGAAGACCAGGCCCGCCUGCUCGAGGAUGCCUUAGUCGCGGUUCGCCAGCAGACCUCGCUCAUGCGCAAAUGCCUCGAUACGCCCGGCAAGCUCAUGGACGCCCUCAAGUGCUGCUCGACACUUGUCUCGGAGCUUCGCACAAGCAGUCUUGGCCCGAAACAGUACUACGAGCUGUACAUGGCCGUCUUCGACGCCCUGCGCUACCUGUCUGUCCACCUCCGCGAGAACCACCCGGUCAAUCACCUCGCCGACCUCUACGAACUAGUCCAGUAUGCUGGCAACAUCAUCCCACGACUGUACCUCAUGAUUACCGUGGGUACUGCCUACAUGUCCGUCGCGGAUGCCCCUGUCAAAGAGCUCAUGAAAGAUAUGAUGGAUAUGAGCCGAGGUGUCCAACACCCCAUUCGUGGCCUCUUCCUCCGAUACUACAUGUCUGGUCAAGCCAGAGACUACCUGCCGACUGGCGACGGCGAUGGUCCCGAAGGCAACCUCAGCGAUUCUAUCAACUUUGUCCUCACCAACUUUGUCGAGAUGAACAAGCUAUGGGUUCGAUUGCAACACCAGGGCCACUCGAGAGAAAGGGAGCAGCGCGUGCGGGAACGAAAAGAGCUACAGCUGCUCGUUGGAAGCAACAUUGUGCGCCUAAGUCAGCUGGUCGAUCUUGAGACAUACAAGUCCGGUAUUUUGGCGCCGCUCUUAGAGCAGGUUGUGCAAUGCCGAGAUGUCCUCGCCCAGGAAUACCUCCUUGAGGUCAUUACCCAGGUCUUUCCCGACGAAUUCCACCUCCACACUCUGGACCAAUUCCUAGGUGCUGUUUCACGACUCAACCCACAUGUCAAUGUCAAGUCUAUCGUCAUUGGAUUGAUGGACCGCUUGUCUGAAUACGCCGAACGGGAUGGCGCCAACGACAAGGACGGAGACAAGGCCAAGGUCGAGGCUGACGCUUUGGCGCAAUUGCUAGAAAAGGUCAAGUUGCAAAAGGAGACCCCCCCGAAAGCCGCGCCUUCGGAAUCAGAACCCAGCGAUGCCGUAACAGACAAGCCUGUGGAUGCCAAUGCGGAUGUCGCCGAUGCGACUGACGAGCCGUCCGAGGCUGAAGGCCAAAGCGAAGGUGACGCCAAGGCCGAGUCCGAGUCCGGAGCCGAAAGCGGCGUCGAUGAUGGAAGCACCCUUGCUGGAGAUGCCCCCUCAAUUGCUGAGACGGAGACGACUGCCGUCAACGGUGGACAGGGUCCAAUCACGGAGAACGUCCAGCUCUACGAGGUGUUCUUUGCGCAGGUCAAGAACUUGGUCGAGGCGCAGCACCUCCCUGUGCCGGACAUCAUCGCACUGCUGGUGUCGCUGUGCAAUCUUGCGCUCAACAUCUACCCCGACAGACUCGACUUCGUGGACCAGAUCCUAGCUUAUGCGACAACCAAGGUUCAGGAGAACAUCAACAAUGCGGACCUCCACUCUCCUCCUGCCCAGCAGAGCUUGCUGGCGCUGCUACAGGCUCCCAUCAACCGCUAUGUUUCGCUCUUUACCGCACUCUCUCUCCCUACAUACGUCCCCUUGUUUCAAACGCAGUCGUAUCCCACCCGACGAGCUGUGGCUGGUGGCGUCGCCCGUGCCCUUCUCGAACACCAAACUAAGGUCUCGACGACGGAACAGCUCGAGAAUGUACUCGAGGUGCUAAAGGUUCUCAUCAAGGAGGGGACCCAGACCCCUCAAGGAUACCCCGGAGUUGCCCAGAGGCGGGCGGUGGAGACGGACGAAACGAUGGAGGAGCAAGGAUGGCUUGCACGAAUUGUGCACCUGCUGCAAGCUGAGGAUAACGACACUCAGUUCAAACUGCUCCAGAUGACACGGAAGGCAUACUCGGAUGGCAACGAACGCAUCCGCACAACUACGCCACCUCUCAUGACGGCAUGCAUGAAACUGGCUAAGAAGUUUAAGCAGCGGGAACACUACGACGACAACUGGGAAACGCAGAGCAAUGCGUUAUUCAAAUUUAUGCACUCAGCAUUGAGUACACUGUACACACGGGUCAAUGGAGCUGGUGCUGCCGAGAUGGCGUUACGUUUGUUCUGUGCCGCGGGACAGACGGCCGACAUGACCGGCUUUGAGGAGGUCGCCUAUGAGUUCUUCGCCCAGGCCUUUACCGUCUACGAGGAGGCCGUGUCCGACUCAAAGGCGCAGUUCCAGGCCGUCUGCGUGAUUGCAACAGCGCUUCACCAGACUCGAAACUUUGGCAAGGAGAAUUACGAUACUCUCAUCACCAAGUGCGCUCAGCACGGAAGCAAGCUCCUGCGCAAGCCGGACCAGUGUCGGGCCGUGUAUCUGGCCAGCCACCUGUGGUGGGCCACGCCCAGCACCCCCAAUGGAGAGUCCGAGGAGACCGAGCUUUAUCGUGAUGGUAAGCGGGUGUUGGAGUGCUUACAACGGGCUCUUCGUGUUGCCGACUCGUGCAUGGAGACGGCAGCAUCAAUUGAACUCUUUGUGGAGAUUCUUGAUCGCUACGUGUACUACUUUGACCAGCAGAAUGAAUCGGUGACCACCAAGUACCUCAAUGGCCUAAUUGAGCUGAUUCAUUCCAACCUGGCGGGUAACCAGCAAGACUCCGCAUCAGUCGAGAGCAGCCGAAAACACUUCCAUCAGACUUUGGACAACAUCAAGAGCCGACAAUACGAGGGUGUUGUACUGUAUCCCAACUGAGUUAUCUCAGGAGCAAGGGUGUAUGUGGACAGUGCAUGUUGAGCAGGGGUGAGUUGGCGGAUAGAUAAUUGUUUGACCUGCAAUUGGGUUGAAAGGGGACGGUUCGUUGCAGGUAGUUGUAUAUAUGUAUACUUGAUCCCGAAAAUUGAGUGGCAUGUCCAGCGUUAGAGGCACUUUUCAUGAUUGUGUCGGAUCCUCGAUGAGGGAACCUAAUGUUUGAAUCUACUGCGUUUUCGUUGUGCGAGUCACAGUUGCCAAAGCCCACGUUUAGGUUUCAAGCUCAUUCUUUUCCAACUGCCUGGAUUCCGUCUAACCUUUGCGCCCUCCAGCCAUUCUAACCUAUAUGGUUAUUGUCUACGUAGCAAGGUUAUUACCUACAGGCAUAAGGCUAUUAACUUCAGGCAGCAAGGUUGGAGACAGAAGGGUUAAAUUGAAGCUUGAGGCAAAGGGCAAUUAGACCACUUCAUUUUCAUCUGGCG